UGGACCCAAGUUAUGGUGCCAGUCUUUACUUUGGAAGCUGCGCCAGAUGCAGUAAAGCAGUGUACGGCGCAGGGAGAGCCUGCAGAGCGAUGGGACAUUUAUUCCACGACACUUGUUUCACCUGCAGCGUUUGCAGUAAAAAGCUCAUUGGAGAGUCAUUUUAUUCAGUGUCAGGAGGAAUCUAUUGUGAAAAUGACUUUUUGUACUCAGGAGUUCAUCCAUCCCAAGAAAUGUGUAACAGCUGUGGGUAUUUAAUCAUGGAUAUGGUCCUGCAGGCUCGUGGGAAGUCCUACCAUCCGUCCUGCUUUCGCUGUGUCAUCUGCAGACAGGGCCUGGAGGGUCAGCCCUUCACUGUAGACUCAGACAGCAGGGUUUACUGUGUCAGCGACUACCACAAGGCCCAGGCUCCCUGCUGUGCUGCCUGCAGAAUGCCGAUACUGCCAUCUGAGGGGUCUACAGAGUCCAUUCGAGUGGUAUCAUCUAACAGAAAUUUCCAUGUAGAGUGCUACAGUGGUGAGGUUAACCUCAUUUAAGGAGAGGAGCAGGCUGACAUACAUCCGUCUGUGUUUCUCUGCUGGUCUUUGUAAAUGUACAAUAUGAGUAUGUAUGAGUUCCAGCCUGUUGCUUUGUGCACUCUAUUUCUU